AUGGUUACGUCGGUCACUACCGAAACGAUAUUGGAUGCAUCGCUUAUGAUUUGUGGAGGAAAGCGCAGUCUUGAGAAGAUGGCCCAAAUAACAAGGCAAAUCAUUCAUACUGCCAAUGCUCCAGGUGCUGUGGGACCGUACAGGUUAGACCCUAAAACUGGAGAGUUGAAGGAAGGCAUCAAAGAGCAGGCCCAUCAAUCACUCAAGAAUAUUGGUGAGAUACUGAAAGCAGCUGGAGUUGGAUAUGGAAACGUCGUCAAAACUACUGUUUUGUUGGCGGAUAUUAAAGACUUCACUACCGUUAAUGACAUCUACAAAGAAUACUUCACAACUAAAUAUCCAGCAAGAGCAGCAUAUCAGGUUUGCCGUACUUCCAAAACAAGCUCUUGUUGA